GACCCGGGGCGUAUAUAAGAGCCCCCCAGGCUCAGCCAGAGCACACCAGAGACACAUUCCCUUCUCCUGCUUCUCACUAGACCUGAGGUCAGGAUGAAGGUUCUCGUGGGUCCAGACCCUUCGGAGAUUUACCGACCAGAGGGAAACAAAAACAAAGAGGACUUCCGCAACUAUACUUCAGGACCCCACCAGGAUCGAGUCUACAACACAUACAAGCUCAUGCACACCUACCAAACCGUGGACUUUGUCAGGAGGAAGCAUGUGGAAUUUGGUGGAUUCUCGUAUAAAAAGAUGACCGUGAUGGAGGCUGUGGAUCUCCUGGACGAGCUAGUGGAUGAGUCUGACCCAGACGUGGAUUUCCCCAAUUCAUUCCAUGCGUUUCAGACGGCUGAGGGCAUCCGGAAGGCUCACCCUGAUAAGGACUGGUUCCACCUCGUGGGGUUGCUGCAUGAUCUGGGGAAGAUCCUGGUUCUGGCUGGAGAGCCACAGUGGGCAGUUGUUGGAGACACCUUCCCUGUUGGCUGCCGCCCCCAAAAAUCUGUUGUCUUUGGGGAUUCGACUUUUCAAGACAAUCCUGAUGCCAAGGACCCUCGAUACUGCACCGAGUAUGGGAUGUACGAGCCCCACUGUGGCCUGGAGAAGGUCCUGAUGUCCUGGGGCCAUGAUGAGUACAUGUACCAAAUGAUGAAGUUCAACAAGUUCUCUCUGCCUCCGGAGGCCUUCUACAUGAUCCGUUUCCAUUCCUUCUACCCCUGGCACACUGGUGGUGAUUACCAGCACCUCUGUAGCACCCAUGACCUCAACAUGCUGCCCUGGGUACAAGAAUUCAAUAAGUUUGAUCUCUACACCAAGUCGGAGGACCUGCCGGAUGUGACUGAGCUUCGCCCCUACUACCAGGGCCUCAUCGACAAAUACUGUCCGGGGAUCCACUGCUGGUAACGGCCCCUGCUUGGGUCCGAGCCCAAGCGGCCAGCCACGCUCGCUUGCCUCCCCAGGAGCAGUCAGCUCCUUCCCUUGUGCUCACGCGGCUGCCCUUCCUCUGAGAGGCGGUCGUCCCUCCAGCUCCUGGAGACCCCAAGGCCGCCGUCACCCAUCCCGCUCCUCCCAGGACUAGCAGCUGCUCCCUCUCCCCACCACAUCCUCCCUGGCACACCUGGGGGGUCGCUGGGCACUGCUCAGGCCUCCCACAGCACUCCUGCAAAGAAAUAAAGAGUGGAUGCAGCCGGUGUCUUA